UGUUGUUAGUACGUGUAGUUUUUGUAUUUGGUGCCGCGAUUCAAAACUUUUACUUGAUAACUAACUCAAAUUUGCAAAACGUGGCUCAGUCGGUUGUUUCUUUUCAAGUGCACUAGUUAAGGAUAUUGACCAAUAAACCUUUUAUUGGCCCUCCUGACAGAAUAAGGAUAAGUUUCUUAACUAGAUAAAAAGCCGUGUUAACGUAAACAACAAUGGCUAAACCUAGAAGUGAAUUUAGGUUUAUUUUCUUCGCUGGUGGUAUAUUUAUUUGCUACUUCAUAUUCGGAAUGCUUCAGGAGAAAAUAACUCGCGGGUUAUAUGGCGACAAUGAACAGUUUACCUGCACUUUGUCACUGGUUUUGGUCCAGUGCGUGGUGAACUAUAUUUUUGCCCAGAUCUUGAUGCUUUCUUGGAAACAUGAGACGGACACAACUAGAAAAAUUUACUACUUUUCGUCUGCAUUAACUUAUCUGCUGGGUAUGGUGAGCUCUAACAUGGCAUUGCAAUGGAUCAACUAUCCCACACAGGUUGUUGGUAAAGCAGCCAAGCCCAUACCUGUUAUGAUCCUAGGAGUGCUAAUAGGUCGCAAAGUGUACCCUCUUAAAAAGUACCUAUUUGUAUUUCUGAUAGUUUUGGGCGUAGUUAUUUUCAUGUUCAAAGAUCAGAGUAAAAAGGUAGCUCACGAGAGCCAGGGCCUCGGAGUUGGUGAGCUGAUGCUGUUCCUUUCACUGAUCAUGGAUGGGCUGACGGGAGCUGUGCAGGAACGGAUGAAGAGUGAGUCCUCACCAUCAGCAUAUUCAAUGAUGGUCAAUUCAAAUGGAUGGUCAUCAAUAAUCUUAUCAAUUGGCGUGUUAUUGACUGGUGAAAUGUUCCGGUUCAUCACUUUUGUGUCCAAGUAUCCUGAAGUUUUGGUGCACCUUGCGGGAUUGGCAUUCAUGGGAGCCCUGGGCCAAUUGUUCAUAUUCUUCAUGGUGUCAGAGUUUGGGCCCCUCCCUUGCUCGGUGGUGACCACUACAAGGAAGUUCUUCACGGUGCUGGCCUCGGUGCUCAUAUUCGGGAACGUGCUGCUCGGGCGGCAGUGGAUAGGCGCCACUAUAGUAUUCACUGGUUUGUUCCUGGACAUUUUCUACAGCAAAGGAAAAGGUCAGGUGCCGAAAAAGGUGCUGGCCGAGGAGGCGCACCCCCUGGAGAACCUGGACCGCGGCGCGGCGCAGGAGGCGCUCAGCAAGGCGCAGUCCGAGCUCAGCUCCGCCAGCGGAGACAAGGAAGCAAUAUAUGAGCGCGAUGAAGAACCCCUGGAAGGACCUGAGGAAGUGUGUGGUGUAGCUCCAGAGCGCGAACUUCCAGACGCUGCCGCCGAGCGGCGCCUCCGUCAUGUUGAUGAUGUUGGUGAUGCCCAGCAGCGGCAGCAGCACUAGCGCGGCUCGAACCGCUUUCCUAAACAUUUGAUAAAGAAACCAAUCAAUCCAUACUAAUAUUAUAAAUGGGAAAGUGUGUGUGUCUGUUUGUUUGUCCGUCUUUCACGGCAUCACGGAGCGACGGAUUGACGUGAUUUUUUAAGUGGAGAUAGCUUAAGAGAUAGAGAGUUACAGGCUAUUUUUUUGGUCUUUCUAACACCCCACUUCCCUAAAAUGGGUUCACCCCCCCAGUUUGUGUGGAGCUUUCCGCAAUUUCCGAAUUUAACGCGAGCGAAGCCGCGGGCCACAGCUAGUACGUAAUAUUAUUAUAGAGAAUGGACAGUUUUAUUGAAUAUUGUUCGUGUAGAUCUUUCAAAACAAUAUUAUUUCCACUCAAAAUCUUCUAGCUCUUAAUGAGACACGAGUAAAGUGUUUUAAGAAAAUUCAUACAUUCUUAUUAUUCCGUUUUGUUAUUGUAAAUUAUUAAUAAAAUAACUUAUAAAUUGGUAUUUUCUUUUUUUAUCGAAAUAAAAUGAAACUUCCUAAAUGUACCAAAAAAAUUGGCGGAAAACUUUAAAUACGAAAAACGUCCAGUCGAUGUAGCUUGAAAUUUCUGUUUUCAAAUUUGAAUCCCCCGAUUUGGAUCAGUAACUUACAUUUUGCGUACCUGUCAAAUUUUAACUAAACGUAAAUGGAUGUAGUUACGGAACUGUUUUUUUUGUGGCACACAUGCGACGCAAAAACUAAACGGUCCUUACUUGCAACGCCGUGCAUUCUUUGCUUAUCGGACAGCUGUUGCUAUUCAUCGCCGCCGUUGUCGCUAACAGGAAAACCGGCCAUAAUUACCUACAUUUAAUAAUAUUUAUUAUUCCUUUAGUUUUUGCCUGACGUCUGUGUGUGUAGGAGUUUGUGUACUAUCUUUAAAAUAGUUUAGUCAUUAAGGUCACACACUAACAUAGCAU